AUGAAGGACGCAAAGCCCUCGCCGCAGGCCGCCAAGUCCUCAAAGGGGACUGUCACCAAGGGGGAAGGGACGUCCAUCGGAGCUGCAAGUGGGCAGGCCAAUGAAGCUGCUGUCAAAAAGGCCACCAAGAAAAUGAAGAAGGCGUUGGACAAGGCGAUUAGGGCGCACGACGAUGGUGAUUUUAUAUCCUCCAUAGACCUUCUAGAGGAGGUCAAGGAGGACGCUGAGUUUGAUUUCGAGGAGGAAGAACUAGAGGAGUUGAUCUGGACUUUCGUCGAGAGAAACUGCAGCGAUUCCGACGUUGUCAAAUUUCUCGUCGAGCAAGGUCUUGAGCUCGAAAGAGAUUCGUGCAAUGACGACACUCCUCUGGUUUGGGCAGUCAGCCAUGGAAGGUUUGAUGCAGUUGAGGCACUCCUGAAGGCGGGGGCCAACCCCACCGAUGAUGACUAUGUUUUUGUCAACGCAGCCUCUUUCUUGAACGGGAGUAUGUUAAGGCUUUUGAUCAAAUACGGCGCAAAUGUCAACGCCGGGUCAGAAAGGGACGGGACCAUUCUGCAUAUGAUCGCGAACAAGGCGGUGGCGGUGGGUGACUUGGCAUGCUUAGAACUACUAUUGGAGGCGGGCGCGAAGGAACGUUCCGCAGUUGGGGACAAGAUGGAUUCUGAUUUUCAAGCAGAGAUGACUCCGACGCAAUUGAUUCAGAAAACGUAUGGCGGGGACGCGUCCAAAGUGGGUGUUUUGGAGCGUGCGGUCGACUUGCUGUAUGAACACUCCUCGGCUGGGAAACGCGCGGCCAAACUAGAAAACAAAAUCAACGAGCUUUCCUCUGCGCUCGGCGUCGUGGCCCAAUUUUGUGAGACUUUUUCGAACCACUCGGGUGGGGGAGCAGCGGGCGGAGGGGGACUCCCGCAAGCCCAACCCGGCAUUGUGCCUGCCAACAACAUGCCUGGUUUCAUGCCUGGUUUCAUGCCUGGAUACAUGCCUGGCAUGCCAUUCCAGGGAGGAGUUCAGGGUUUUCCAGGCUUACCGGGCGUAGCACCUCCAGGUGUACCCCAAGGCCAAGCUCGUGGUGAAUCCAAGAAGGAGUCGGGUUCAGGACCCAAGAAGUAG